AUGGGCGAUGCACUUCCAAUCAUAGAGACCCCACCGCUACGAAAACAGUCGAGAGGGUUGGGCACAGCGGCUGAAUACCAGCCAAUGCCAGCCGAGAAGCCUGUAACUCUUGCUGUACGAGAAUCAGACAGUAUAGAACCUAUGUCAGGGUUGGGCACAGCGGCUGAAUACCAGCCAAUGCCAGCCGAGAAGCCUGUAACUCUUGCAGUACGAGAAUCAGACAGUAUAGAACCUAUGUCAGGUAAAGGCUCAACGACGAAAUUUAGCAUAUAUAAAAAUUACCUAACUUUAGGGCUUUCGCCAAGGUUAGAAUCACGAGUGUCGGCAUUGCGACGUCGAUCAUCUCAAGUACGAGAUCGUUGGGCCACAAAAAUGGAAUUUUUGUUGGCGGUCAUUGGAUAUGCAGUUGAUUUAGGGAAUAUCUGGAGAUUUCCAUCCGUAUGCUAUAAGCAUGGAGGAGGAGCGUUUCUUAUACCCUACUUGGUAAUGUUAUUGGUUGGUGGUUUACCCAUGUUCUAUAUGGAAUUGGCAUUGGGUCAAUUUCAUCGCUCCGGAUGUGUAAGUAUAUGGCGAAAGGUUUGCCCACUCUUCAAAGGUAAUUUCAAUUUCACAUAUCGGACCAAGGUAGAGAGUGUGCUAAUAUGAUU